AUGGAGUCUAUAGAGUUGGCAUUAUCAGCAAUUGCACUGAUGACUGUGAAACCAUUUUUACGUGGUAUGAGAACGGAAAUUACUGAAACAGGAAAAAUUUGGAUAUUGGCUGUCAAAUAUAGCUCCAGAUCGAAAAUACCACUGUGUUUUCUCGUGCAAGAACUCAAGGUGUCGUCCGGAAAGGACUUUGGAAAAAUACAGUGUGCCGUGAAAAUGAUAUCCCUCUCUAAGUCGAACUGCAUUUCAAUAUCUAGAGAAAUAUGCGUUUCGCAGUCUGUCGAUCAUCCUAAUGUUAUUAAGACCCUAGGCAUUUGUGUGGAAACCAAUAGAUUGUUUAUUACAAUGGAACUAUUCACUGGUACUACUUUGAUGAAUUAUAUAUUCAACGAAUAUAAUAUAAACUGUGAAAAACUGACUACUGAUAUGAAACAUGCAAUAGGUCGACAAAUUUGUCUAUCAAUAAAUUAUCUGCACACUCGAGCUAAUCCGGUCAUUCAUGGAGACAUUAAGCCAUCCAACAUUUUGGUGAAUCCUCAGAUGGUUGUCAAGGUGUGUGACAUGGGACUCAGUAGGUUUGCUCACGUGACGAAGUCCCUCGUCAGCACCAUGCAUCAUCAAGCCCAGUCACCGAAAAGAACCUUGAUGUACAUGGCUCCUGAAAUUCUUAAAAAUAAAUUGCCAACGAUUAAAUCUGAAGUAUGGUCUCUAGCUUGCACUUUAGUCGAAUUAUAUCAAGAAAGUUCAAUCUGGGAGGUUAGAUUUAGUUUAGCUGCUUUGAUUAGAAAUUUACGUGUGCCACCAUCUUACGGAUUGUGCUAG